UACACCAUGGUCGUGGUGACCAAAAUGGUUCCAAAAGAUCACAAUCACUGAAAGCAAAAAAAAAUUCUAAUAAGGGCCAAAGUCAAGGUCAAUAUUCCUCUGAUGAUUCCAAUGACGGGGUUGAUACUGAAUGCUGCCACACGACCACAUCACAGACCAGCUCUGUCGCUCCGCACGCCAAGCAAAGUGUCGUGUCAAAAACACCUGGUCGUUUCUUUGACAGGGGAAGUUCUCAGAAAGAGCACGUGGCAUUCCAACAAGUCAGGACCCACAAAGUGAGGUCGCAGGGUGACAGGUCAAGGUCGCAGGGCGACAGGUCAUGGUCUCAGGCAGAUAGGGCUUUUCUGGAGGAGUCGAGGCACUCAACAGAAAAAGCAAAAACUAGACUAAAGCAUGAUGCCAACAUGUCAUCCUAUUCUGAAAUAUCAGCCAAAAUGAAGAAACAAAAGUCAAGGGCAGAUUUAAAUUACAAUUUCCAGCCUCGAUCAAAGGACAAAGGUGAGGAAGAUAAGUGACUUUGCUGAAGUUAAUUUAAAAAUUCAUCUUUAUUUGAAUUUGUUAAUCUGUUUUUUAUUGUUCAAUGGCGAUGAAAGUAAGUGGUUGAUAAAAAAAUUCUGUCAUCCAUCUAGGUCUAUUUAUAACUUUAAAUAAAACAAAUCAACAAUUAGCCAACUAAAUGAAAUUAAAUCACCUAAACAAACCUGACAAAAAUAAAAUUAUAGGGAAGAAGUAUUUGAAAUAAGUUUUCUGAGUUAGAAUUGAGUAAUUUGAAGUGUACUUACAACUCAGAUUCAGAAAUUAAUUCAUAUAAAAAAAUUAGAAUUUUUAAUGUAAACUGAAUUUUAGGUUUCAAAUUUAACUUUUUUGUUGUGUGCAUUAAAAUGUUUUAUUUUAGAUUAUGACUUUUGACUGAGAUGUUAUUUGUUCCAUCAACACAACAAAUUUUGAUUUUUGAUUUAGAUGGUAUUUUUUAAAAUAAACACAAGUUAUUUAUCCCCCCAUAUUCCUUAUGGACGAUUAUAUUAUUAUAGUUUUGGAAAUCGUAACGGCAUUAACAUAUCCUGUGGGUAAAUUUAUACUUUACAUAAUUCAACAUUUUUAUAAAAUAGUAAUGAUACUGAAAAAGAAUCAAAUUCUGAUAAAAAGGUAGGCCUAUUUUAAAUGAACAUUUCACCAUGAUUUGACCAGAGGGAGACUCGGGCCGGCCAGGCAAAGAAGGCCAACCGGGCGCACAACCCGGCGAUGAUCCCAAGGGCAAGAAAAGAAAGUCUGAGGCGGGGCCGGCAGGGCAGCGUAGAAAACACCACCAUAGAAAGCAUAGGGAUAAAAGCGAUCCUUCUAAGUCAAGGAGCAGCAGGCUGAGCAAGUCACAAGAUGAUAUGGAUUACACAUCUGUCAUGGUAUGAUAUAGACAUCUGUCAUGAUAGGAUAUAGACAUCUGUCAUGGUAGGAUAUAGACAUCUGUCAUGGUAGGAUAUAGAUAUCUGUCAUAGUAGGAUAUAGACAUCUGUCAGGGUAGGAUAUAGACAUCUGUCAUGGUAGGAUAUAGACAUCUGUCAUGGUAAGAUAUAGAAAUCUGUCAUUGUAGGAUAUAGACAUCUGUCAUGGUAAGAUAUAGAAAUCUGUCAUUGUAGGAUAUAGAAAUCUGUCAUUGUAGGAUAGAGACCGUCCGAAAGUGAUUUUCUGAUUUCGGCCGAAGCCGAAAAUAGGCCGAAAGUUUAAAAUGACUUUCGGCCGAAACCGAAAAAAUGCCGAAAGUUUAAAAAUCUGUCAUGGUAGGAUAUAGACAUCUGUCAUGGUAGGAUAUAGACAUCUGUCAUGGUAGGAUAUAGAGUGCAAAUAACUACUAGUGUAUAAUAGCUAUUGGUAGGCCAACAAAAUUAUGAAACUCACCUUUGUCAUUCAGCCCCACUCAACAAAACUAUGAAACUCACAUAUGCCAAUCAAUCCCAUUCAACAAAACUAUAAAACUCAAAUAAUACAUAUAAUGACGUAUUUAGUCCGUUGUGUCAACUCUAUAUCAUUGAUACUCUAAAAGGAUGCUGUGAAAAAAAGAACAGCAGAGCUUGCGCAGCCUGAAAUACCUGACCCCCAAGCAAUGGAGC